UUUUUUCAGUAUCGUCAAAGGUUCGUUACUACUACUGUUUAAGGGUAGCCGCCCUUACGGCUUAUCGCCGUUGAAGGCUCGUUGUUGUCGAAAGCUUUGUCGCAUUGUACCGUCGUCGAACUGUCGGAGGCUCUACCACCAUGUCGAAGGUUCGGAGUACACUUUUCCUUUAGCGAGAAGCAAAGCAUAUCACUCUGCCCUACGAAAUUUUUCCCUUUCUCUUUCAAAAGGGAUAAAUAAAAUUGGAAAGUACGGCUGUAUUCAUCUGGAUAAACCGAGUGGGAGCUUUGAAAUUAAGGAAGCACUACCGGAGACAGUUGCAAGUCAUGAAGGCAUGUACUAUAAUUACUUCAGCAUAGGAUUUUUAUAUUAGUGAAAUUCAUUUCAGAGAUGAUGAAUGGGAUGCCAACAAAUGGGCAUGGGAAGGGAUACUGAAAGUUACUAGCAAGGGAGAAGAAUUGGUGGGAUGUUGUAUUGGAGUUUUUAGUUCAAUUCAGUUACUCUGAACUAGAAAAUAGUUCAGUUCAGGGCAGAACUAUUUUUUAGUUUAGGGUAGUUUUUUUAAACUAGUUUAUAGUUAACUAUAAACUUUUAUAGUGGAGUGCACUAUAAGGCAGUUUGCCCACCCCUACCACCACCACAUGUUGUUCUUCUUUCCAUGUCCAUGUGGCUUCGUGUUUUCAACCUUGUCUUCAAAACCAUUGACAAACCCAACCUAAGACCCUUUUCACAGCCAUUUGCAUCCACUGCACUCGCUCACUCCACCCCACCCUCUUUCUCCGACACCACCCCUUCCACGCCCCUUUCACACCCAACCACCCUCCAAGUCCUUCAAACCCUCCAAUGUCUCCACCACCACCCCUCCCUUGCCCUCUCCUUCCUCAACCACCUCCACCGCACCGGUUUCCUGCACACCCUCUCAACCUAUGCUGCCAUCACCAAAAUGUUCGCUUUUUGGAACCUGCCCAGAAAACUAGACUCCCUCUUUCUCCACCUCAUUACCCUCUCGAAACACCACCAUCUUUCCUUUCACCUCCUUCAACUCUUUGAAAUACUCUUCCAGGACUUCGACCACCAUAACCAGUACUUGCUGAGAGCUUUUGGUGGCUUUGUCAAAACCUGUGUCAGCCUCAACAUGUUUGAUGAGGCCAUUGAUUUUUUGUUCCAAACUCGGCGUCGCGGAAUUGUCCCUGAUGUUCUUACUUGCAACUUCCUCUUCAACAGGUUGGUGGAACAGGGCGAGGUCGAUAAAGCACUGGCUAUUUUUGAGCAACUCAAGAGGUUUGGUUUCAGACCCAAUUGUUAUUCCUAUGCAAUUGUCAUCAAGGCGUUGUGUAAAAAGGGUGACUUGAGGCAAGCUUUCUGUGUUUUUGAGGAAAUGGAGAGAGUCGGGAUCACCCCUCAUUCGUAUUGCUAUGCUGCUUACAUUGAAGGGUUUUGUAAUAAACAUAGGUCUGAUUUGGGGUAUGAGGUGCUGCAAGCAUUUAGAAAGAGUAAUGCCCCUUUGGAGGUUUAUGCAUACACUGCGGUUGUUCGCGGGUUUUGUAAUGAGAUGAAGUUGGAUGAGGCUCAGGGUGUGUUUGAUGACAUGGAGAGGCAAGGGUUGGUUCCUGAUGUGUUUGUUUAUUCUGCGUUGAUUCAAGGGUAUUGUAAGGGUCAUAAUCUGCUCAAGGCUUUGGCUUUGCAUGAUGAGAUGAUUUCGAGGGGUGUGAAGACGAAUUGUGUUAUUGUUAGUUACAUUCUGCAUUGUUUGGGAAAGAUGGGCAUGACUUUGGAGGUGGUGGAUCAGUUUAAGGAACUAAAGGAGUCCGGGAUGUUUCUUGAUGGGGUUGCCUACAACAUUGUUUUUGAUGCUUUGUUUAAGUUAGGGAAGGUGGAGGAUGCGAUAGAGAUGUCGGAAGACAUGAAGAGAAGGGGUGUGGCUUUAGAUCUUAAGCACUACACAACGUUUAUCAAGGGAUACUGUCUUCAGGGUGAUCUCGUUAGUGGGUAUAGGGUGUUUAAGGAAAUGAGUGAUGAGGGUUUCAAACCUGAUAUUAUAACAUAUAAUGUACUGGCAACUGGGCUGCUUAAAAAUGGUCGUGCUUGUGAGGCAUUAAAGCUUUUGGAUUGUUUGGAGAGUCAAGGCGUGAAGCCAAACUCUACUACACAUAAGUUAAUCAUUGAAAUUUUGUGUUCAGUGGGAAAGGUUUUGGAAGCCGAGGUGUAUUUUAACAGUCUAGAAGAUAAGAGUAUUGAAAUCUAUUCUGCCAUGGUUAAUGGCUAUUGUGAAGCGGACAUUGUAAAAAAAGCCUAUGAAAUUUUCCUUAAGCUGUCAAACCAAGGAGAUAUGGCUAACAAUGCCUCCUGUUCUAAGCUAAUUACUAAACUCUGUAUG